AUGGCGGCGAUGGCGCGCAAGUGUCGCAGGAUGGAGGGCUUCCUCAACAACUACGCCUUCGGCGUGCGGUACGAGGACGAGCCCGGCUUCAACCUGCGCGCCACAGACCUCCGCCCGCCGCCGCCCAACGCAAACCUCGACGACCUCACGCGCGGCGCAACCUUUUGCCUCUGCCCGUCGGGCACCGGCUGGGGCAUGCGCGCUUUCCACGCCGUCGCGCUCGGCUGCAUCCCCGUCAUCAUACAGGACGACGGCUCGGGCAGCUACCCGUCGGUGCUGCAGGCCUUCGAGGGGCCGCUCCUCGACUGGGCCUCCCUCGCCGUCCGCCUCACGUUUGCAGACAUCCCGCGCCUCCCCUCGCUGCUGCGCGCCCUCGCGGCAGACCACGAGGCCCUCGCCGCCAAGCGGCGCGCCCUCGUCGCCGCCCUGCCGCGGCUGCUGUGGCGCGAGGCGCUCGCGACCGAAGAGCGGCGAGCCCUCGACGCCAUGCCCGACGCCUUCGACUCGGUGAUGGAGGUGCUCGCGGGCCGCAGAAACGCGACCAGAUGA